CACUGAACAAAGUCCAGGCAGUACAAAACGUAAGAGUGCAGUGAGAAGAUGGCCCCAUUAGCUCGCAGCAUACUAGUGACAGGUUCCAACCGGGGAAUUGGACUGGAACUGAUCCAACAGUUGGUGGAAAUGGCUGAUCCUCCAGAACAUAUCUUUGCAACUUGCCGGACCCCUGCCGGACCCCAAGGGAAGACCCUGAAUGAUCUGGCUCGCAAGCAUUCCAACAUUCACAUAAUUCAGCUAGAGGUGGAGGAUCAAUCCAGUGUGAAGGCAGCCGCUUUAGCGGUUGAAUCACUUCUGCAUGGGAAAGGCCUAAAUCUGCUGAUCAACAAUGCCGGUGUGAACUCCUAUGCCACGCUGGAAACUGUGGAGCAGCAAGAGAUGCUAUCUGCUUUCAACACCAAUGUAGUGGGGCCCAUCCUGGUGGUUCAGGCAUUUCUGCCCCUGCUGAAGAAAGCAGCUCGAGAGGCAGACACAAAGGAGAUGAGCUGCCAGAGGGCAGCCAUCAUCAAUAUAACUUCCAAAUUGGCCUCCAUUGCACGGGGCUUUGAAGUCAUGAAGGGACCCAUGUACCCUUAUCGUGCAAGCAAGGCUGCUUUGAACAUGGUGACUGCAUGCUUUGCUUUGGAACUAAAAGAGGAGGGGAUCUUGUGUACGCUGAUGCAUCCUGGCUGGGUGAAAACAGACAUGGGAACGGAGCAGGCCCCUGUGACUGUGCAGGACAGUGUGCGAGGCAUCUUCAACGUGCUUGCCAAUUUAUCAUUGGCCUCAAACGGAGCCUUUCUUGACUGGGAAGGGAACACACUCCCUUGGUGAGAUGCAGCUGCUGUUUCCUCCAAGAAAAAAAAGGAGGAAUUGGUUUUACUUAUCCUCUUCUGUCCUUUCUUUGUAUUACUGGUAGUUCCUAUUUAACCAUUCAUUUAGCAAUGGUGCGGACUUACGACGGUGCUGAAAAAUCUGACUUACGACCAGUCCUCACACUUACGACUGUCGCAGAAUCCCACAGUCAUGUGAUCACCAUUUUCAACCUUCCUAGCCAGCUUCUGGCAAGCAAAAUCAAUGAGGAACUGCAUGAUUCACUUAAUUACCUUUAUGAUUCACUUAACAACCACUGCAAAAAAGGUGGUAAAAUCAUAUUGGAUUCACUUAAUGACUGCAUUGCUUAGCAAUCAAAAUUCCAGUCCCAAUUGUGGUCGUUAAGCAAGGACUACCUAUAUUGUAUUGCUCUUGUUUUUUUAUUGUUUGUACUGUGUAUGCUUUAUAUUGCAUUUGGAAUCAUCUGCCAAGGUAGUUCUGAUAGUGAUGGCACAGAAACAUGGUUAAUAAACAAACAAACUGCGAUGGAAACUUUCAUUAUAGAGUGACACCCAGUGUUUAACUUGUUUGUACUGUAGACAAAGUCCUUUGCUGGAAUCAACUUAAAUAGUAAAUUAGUUGUGGUUUGCCGUCCGUAAAUAUAACUUACCUCUGCUGGGAAUCAUGCAACUUGAA